UAGUGGGCUCUGUGUUAGUUUCCCUAAGCUAGGUAGCUAGCCCAGUAACCACUAGCCAGUAGUACCACCCACUGCUUUGCUUCGGUUGUGGUCUUGUCGACACACUGGCCUCCACCCAUCUUCCUCAAGUCGUCUCACCAUCUGCAGAAAAGGGCACAGUACAGAUUCGGCCGAUUUAUAGCCACACCAUGGCGAGGAAGUGCUCCCACUGUGGCAACUACGGCCACAACUCGAGAACCUGCAGCUUAGGACACAGAGAGAUUAUGCUCUGCGAUGGCGGCAGCGGUGGCGGUGGCGGUAGAAGUGGGCUAAGGCUCUUCGGAGUGCAGGUCCAUGUCGGCGCCGGCGCAGGCUCGGCGUCCAUGAAGAAGUGCUACAGCAUGGACUGCCUGCAGCUUGCUGCUCCUGGUUGUUCCCUCGUCUCGCCGUCGUCCUCGUCCUCGUCGUCCCUGCUGCUGUCGAUAGAUGAGGGCUUGGAGAGGGCGGUGACCAAUGGGUACCUGUCUGAUGGGCCUCAUGGCAGAGUUGUGCAGGAGAGGAAGAAAGGAGUUCCAUGGAGCGAGGAGGAGCACAGGCAGUUCCUAGCCGGCCUGGAGAAGCUGGGCAAGGGCGACUGGCGAGGCAUCUCCAGGAGCUACGUCACGACAAGAACCCCGACGCAGGUCGCCAGCCAUGCGCAGAAGUUCUUCCUCAGGCAGAGCAGCAUGGGGAAGAAGAAGCGCCGUUCCAGCCUCUUUGACAUGUUACCGAUUUGCGAGAAUGGCGCGCGCAUUUCCGAUCCACUAAGCAGCGAAGGCGCCUCGACUUCUCUGUCGCUAGACGUGCCGCGCCAUGAACCCUCCGAGAGGGCGGCCUUCGACCUGAACUCCACUGAGGAAGAUGACAGCAGAGCCGACGUUUCAUCGGCGUCAGGUACAGGGGCGCAUAGACAGUUCCCGGCGGUAUCACCGACGGAGCAGCAGCCUUCCUCUCAUGGCCAUGGGCAUGGUCACCACUGCUCCCCGCUGGACCUGGGCAUGUCUCUGUCCACGCCAUCCAUCGGAACAUGAUCCGCCGCCUCCGCCGUCGUCCUAGUCAUCGUCAUGGGCUCACGCAGGCUGCUCCAAAUUUUAUCAGCGCAAGAUGCCAUGGCCGUGUCGUGUGUGCUGUGUCACUUGUCUGCCAAAUGGGCAGAUAAGGCUUGAGGCAAUAUUGUUUGUAAAGUUGUGCAAGUAGCACUAACUGUGGAUGCAGUGCCGUGUGUACUAUCUCUAGCUCCAUGUAAUCAGAAUCUGUUCUGCUCCUGUAUGCCUUGUUCCUUCAUCCCCCACCCAAGUCUUGCAAAAUCGCAACCGAUUUUCCUCUCUAAUUUCGCAUCUCAAAUAAUGUAACAGCGAUAUCCUAGC